GCCCCGCCCUCCAUGGCCCGGCCCCGCCCCCCCCUCCCCCCCCCCCGGGCCCCUCUGACCCCCCCAAAGUCAGGAGACCCCAAAGGCCAUGUCCGGGGACUACGAGGAGGACGUUUGCCGCAGCGCGCUGCGCCUGGUGCACGAGCUCUGCUUCGCCCCCCGCGCCCGCCCGCCCCACGCCCGCUGCCUCGAGUUCACCGACCUGCUGCGGCACCGCGGGCACCCGCGCCCCGCCGACACAGAGGUGUCGGUGUCGCUGCUCUCCGUCAUCGUCACCUUCUGCGGCCUUGUGCUGCUGGGGGGUUUUGGGUGGAUUUUGGUGAUUUCUGGGUGGAUUUUUCCCGGGUUUUUUUUGUGAAUUUUGGGUUUUUUUGGUAAAUUUUGGUGAAUUUCGUCCCCUUUUCCCCCGCAGAGGUGUCGGUGUCGCUGCUCUCCGUCAUCGUCACCUCCUGUGGCCUGGCGCUGCUGGGGGGUUUGGGGUGGAUUUUGGUGAAUUCUGGGUGGAUUUUGUUGAAUUCUGGGUGGAUUUUUCUGGAAUUUUUGUCUAUUUUGGUUGGGUUUUUUGGUGAAUUUUGGUUUUUUUUGUGAAUUUUGGGUUGAUUUUUGUGAAUUUGGGGUCUAUUCCCCCCCCCCCAGAGGUGUCGGUGUCGCUGCUCUCCGUCAUCAUCACCUCCUGCGGCCUGGCGCUGCUGGGGGGUUUUGGGUGGAUUUUGGUGAUUUCUGGGUGGAUUUUUUCCGGGUUUUUUUGUGAAUUUUGGGUGUUUUUGGUGAAUUUCGUCCCCUUUUCCCCCGCAGAGGUGUCGGUGUCGCUGCUCUCCGUCAUCAUCACCUCCUGUGGCCUGGCGCUGCUGGGGGGUUUUGGGUGGAUUUUGGUGAUUUCUGGGUGGAUUUUUCCCGGGUUUUUUUUGUGAAUUUUGGGUUUUUUUGGUAAAUUUUGUUGAAUUUUGUCCCCUUUUCCCCCGCAGAGGUGUCGGUGUCGCUGCUCUCCGUCAUCGUCACCUCCUGCGGCCUGGCGCUGCUGGGGGGUUUUGGGUGGAUUUUGGUGAUUUCUGGGUGGAUUUUUCUGGAAUUUUUGUCUAUUUUGGUUGGGUUUUUUGGUGAAUUUUGGUUUUUUUUGUGAAUUUUGGGUUGAUUUUUGUGAAUUUGGGGUCUAUUCCCCCCCCCGCAGAGGUGUCGGUGUCGCUGCUCUCCGUCAUCAUCACCUCCUGCGGCCUGGUCCUGCUGGGGGGUUUUGGGUGGAUUUUGGUGAUUUCUGGGUGGAUUUUUUCCGGGUUUUUUUGUGAAUUUUGGUCAAUUUUGGGUGUUUUUGGUGAAUUUCGUCCCCUUUUCCCCCGCAGAGGUGUCGGUGUCGCUGCUCUCCGUCAUCGUCACCUUCUGCGGCCUGGUGCUGCUGGGCGUGUCGCUCUUCGUCUCCUGGAAGCUCUGCUGGCUCCCCUGGCGCCACAAGGGGGGUCCCGGGGGGGUCCCCCCGAGGAAAGACCCCCCCCAGGGCGGGCUGGGGGGAGGGGCGCCGCCUUUCGGGGACCCCCUGCCCGACCGGGGGGACCCCCCCGAGCCCCCCCCCGAGCGCUGCUACCUGGACAUGGGGCCCUGCCCCGAAAUCGGGCCCGGGGGGGGGGUCCGGGCCUUGGCCCCGCCCCCUCCCCCCGGGCAGGGCCCGCCCCUCCCCCUCCCCCCCCCGGGACCCCCCCAGGGCCCCCCCGAGUUUGGGGGGGACGGCGGGGGGGGGGGAGGGGCGGGGACCCUGCCCAGCGCCCCCUCGCAGCAGCUGGUGGGGGGGAUGGGCGGCAGCUCCUCGCUGCCGCCCGUCCCCGAGGAGCCCCCGGCCCACCUGGGCCAGAUCCAGCCCGAGCUCUACGGCCCCGCCGGUGACCCCGAGCCGGGCGGCGCCCGCGGUGGCCACGCCGGUGGCCCCGGUGGCCCGGCGCCGUCGUGCGGCCGCCUCAACGUGUCCCUGCGCUACUCGUACGGCUCGCAGCAGCUCCUGGUGCGCGUCCUGCGCGCCCGGGACCUGCCGGCCAAGGACUCCAACGGCUUCUCGGACCCCUACGUGAAGAUCUACCUGCUGCCCGACCGCAAGAAGAAGUUCCAGACCAAGGUGCUGCGGCGGACGCUGAACCCCGAGUGGGACGAGACCUUCAGCUUCGGGGUGCCCUUCGCCGAGCUGCCGGCGCGGCGCCUGCACUUCAGCGUCUACGACUUCGACCGCUUCUCGCGCCACGACCUCAUCGGGCAGGUGGUGCUGGACAACCUGCUGGAGGCGGCCGAGGCGCGGCCCGAGGUGGCCAUCUGGAGGGACAUCCAGGAGGGGACGGGGGAGAAGGCCGACCUGGGCGAGGUGAAUUUCUCCCUCUGUUACCUGCCCACGGCCGGGCGCCUCACGGUCACCGUCAUCCGCGCCUCCAACCUGCGCGCCAUGGACCUCACCGGCUACUCAGACCCCUACGUGAAGGCCUCGCUGAUGGCCGAGGGCCGGCGGCUGAAGAAGCGCAAGACGUCCAUCAAGAAGAACACGCUGAACCCCAACUACAACGAGGCGCUGGUCUUCGACGUCCCCCACGAGAGCGUGCACCACGUCAGCCUCACCAUCGCCGUCGUCGACUACGACUGCAUCGGGCACAACGAGGUGAUCGGGCUGUGCCGCGUGGGCAGCGACGCCGACGGCCCCGGCCGCGAGCACUGGGCGCAGAUGUUGGCGAACCCCCGCAAACCCAUCGAGCACUGGCACACCCUGGUGGAGGAGAAGGCUCUGACCAAGGCGGCCCCGCGGGACAAAGCGGCCCUGGGAGAGCCCCUGGGCCCGCCCUGAGCGGGCCGGCGCCGUCGGGGCCGCGGGGCCCGAAGCCAUGGGGGCCCCCCCCGGCCCCCCCCCGGCCCCCCCCGGGCCCCCCAAGACACGGGGGGGCCCCGCCCCCCCCCACUGUGAACCCCCAAACCCGGGGGGGGUGGGGGGGGGGAGGGGAACCCCCCCCCCAAAAAAAAUGGGGCUCCCCCCCCACCCCUCCCCCACCCCCUCCCCCACCCCCGUGUCAGUUCGUGUUCGGCUGGGGGGGGGGGAGGGAUUGGGGGGACCCCCCCCCCAAAAUGUGACCCCAAAAAAAGGGACCCCAAAAAGGGGACCCCAAAAUGGGGACCCCAAAAUGGGAUUGGGGGACCCCAAAAAAGGGACCCCAAAAUGGGAGAGGGAGGGACCCCAAAGUGGCACCCCAAAAAAGGGGACCCCAAAAAUGGGACCCCAAAAUGAGACCCCAAAACUGGAGGGGGGGACCCCAAAACGGCACCCCAAAAAAAGGGACCCCAAAUAAUGGGAUCCCAAAAUGGGAUUGGGGGACCCCAAAAAAAGGGACCCCAAAAAAAGAAACCAAAAAAAAUGGGACCCCCAAAAGAGACCCCAAAAAAAAAGGGACCCCAAAAAAGGAAUCCAAAAUGGGGCCCCAAAAUGGGACCCCAAAAUGGGACCCCAAAAAUGGGACCCCCCCAAAAGGGACGCCCAAAAUGGGACCCCCAAAAUGGGACCCCAAAAAUGGGACCCCCCCAAAAGGGACGCCCAAAAUGGGACCCCCAAAAUGGGACCCCAAAAAUGGGACCCCCCCAAAAGGGACGCCCAAAAUGGGACCCAAAAAGGGACCCCGGUGUCCCCCUCCCCCAAAAAGAGACCCCAAAAAGGACCUUGGGGUGUCCCCCCGCCAAAAAGAGACCCCCAAAAAAGGACCUUGGGGUGUCCCCCCCCCCAAAAGGGGACCCCAUUUUUGUCGCCCCCCCCCCCGUGUGUGUCCCCCCAAAAACCCGCGCCCUCCCCCCCCGUGUGCGUUUGUCCCCAGACGGGACCCGGGGACCCCCGAGCUCGGUGUCCCCCCCCCCCCCCCCCGGUGUCCCCUCCGUGUCCCCGUGUGUCCCCUCCCCCCCCGGGUGUGUCCGUGUGGGGCCGGGGGGGUCCCCAAAGCCAUAAAACCCCCCCAAAAAAAAACCCCAAAAAGAAUAAACCCCAAAGAAGCGAG